AUGGCAUCACCUGGACCAGCCAACGCAGUAAGCGAUUGGUUCUCUGCAUUUGCCAAUUUCCUGUACGAUCCUAGCCGCGGCCUCAAGAGCAACUUCAAUCGUCUUGCAGCGCAACGUGGAUGGCGUCGAAAGUCAAAGAAGAUACGGUGGACGGAGUGCCAAACUAUUUGCUUCGCUGCACUCUAUGGUGGCGAUGCCGAUAAGAACAAGCUGGAGAAAUGGCAGGAUUUGUGUCGCGAAGUUCGUAUCGCGGAACCUCCAAAGUCUAUCAGUGGCUGCAAACAGGCGCUCGGAUGCAGACAGGUCCUAGUCAAUCUCGUGAAUCUGAUCGACCACCGCUCUAUCGGCGUACCAGUCAUUCGCUUCAAGAAUUAUCCCGCGUUCCAAGCCUACACGACCAAUGGCUGUAUUUAUCCCCGAGAAGAGGCAAAGAAAGAAGGCUUUAUCAAGGCUCUACUGCGUUUCCAAUCUAUGCAGGAGGACGACAAGCUUCCCGUCCUUCUUGUUGCGCUGAAGGGCCAGCAACAGUUCGGUCGUCGGUAG